UAGUGGAUGUGGAGGAAUGGGGGCGCCAUGUUGGUGAAGGAAAACUAGGACAGCGGGAACCCGGGGACCGUCAGAUCUGCAGGCUCGAGACCGCCAUCUUAUUAAAGGGAAAGAAAGCCCAAGUGGAGUCGGGACCUCCCCUCCCCGACUGGGGGCAGGAAAGUGUCCGGCUCUGUCGCGCACCUGACUCGGCCUGCGUCAGUCGGACUAGGGGUGCCAGCGAGAUGCCGACCAACUGCGCUGCGACGGGCUGUGCCACGACCUACGACAGACACGUCAAUAUCAGCUUCCACAGGUUUCCCUUAGACCCCCAAAGAAGAAAAGAAUGGGUUCGUCUGGUUAGGCGCAAAAAUUUUGUGCCAGGGAAACACACUUUUCUUUGCUCAAAACACUUUGAAGCCUCCUGUUUUGACCUAACGGGACAAACAAGACGACUUAAAAUGGAUGCUGUACCAACAGUUUUUGAUUUCUGUCCUCAUCUAAAACUGAUGAAACCCAAGUCAAGAAAUCUUCAUAAGAAAAACCCUUGUAUCUCAAUAGGACAGUCCAAUAUGAAGUCCAGUAUUAGCUAUCAGCAAGUUCUACUUGAACAUAGCUAUGCCUUUAGAAGCCCCACAGAGGCAAAAAAAAGGAUAAUUCACCUGGAGAAAGAGAUAGCAAGCUUAAGAAGAAAGAUGAAGAAUUGCUUUCAGAAAGAACGGAGAGCAACACGGAAAUUGUUCCAAACAACCUGCUUGGUGAAAAGUUUAGAAGCAAAUAACAUAUUGCCCAGGGGCACAUCAGAACACAUCUUACCAAGUACCUUAAAUGAUCUUCCAUUAGAAAACUUUAAAAUCAUUUUAUAUUAUCAACGAGAUCAAAUAUUUCAAAUUCUCUAAAUACAGACAGCUUAACUCAAGGAGCCUACGUUGGAUAUUAGCUGGCACUAAAUUCAGAAGUAAAAGUUGUUUGUUUUUUAAA